GAUAAAGGCAGCUCAAUCCCAUAAAAGUUCCUAUCCCCAUCCUGAUCUACAAUCAUAUAAUACCCGACUAUCAAACAAACGUGCAAAAAAACCCUCGGCAAUCGAUAUGAAGACCACUCCCCUCUUCCUCGUCCUCCUCGCCGCUGCCACGAUGGCCUCGCCCACCCACCGCCGUAGCGAUGCCAACGAGCAGCAAUGCGAAAUCAACGGGCAGCAAUGCAAAGUCUCCUGCUCCACGAAAUGCUCCGACCUUUGCUACGAAUACUGUCCUUACUACUGCCCAGACAAACCCCUUCCCAUUGAAUUCUUUCUCUUCAACGUGGAAGGCGUGCGCGUCCCGCAAUCCAUCAUCACCUCUGGUACGAAUGUUUCUCUCGACAUAUUGGCCGAAGACACCGGAUUGUUCAAUGGGGGAGAGCUCUUAGCGACCCGAUUUCAGAUCACCAGUUCCCUAAAUUACUGGUCCUGCCAAAUGUACGAUGUUCCUGGGUUCGACAAUCCCUCGUACAGGGUAGAGUACCCUAACAGGACUUUGGAUCUGGAUUUCAACUCUGGUACAGAUGAAACGACACCAAAGGUCAAUGUCAAUCUCAAGGGUGCAUCUUUGAACUGUGUCUCAUGAGAGGAGUGAGACCAACGAGGUGGAACCCGACGUAGUAUGAACACUCCUUUCCUCUUUCCGCAUAGUGGUUUCAGGGUUUCAGGGUUCCAGGGUUUUGCGCAGGGACUAGAUUUUAGUACUCUUCUUUCAAAUUUUCGCAUAAUGAGUAGAUUUGAGACACAUUCCUUUAUUGUUAGCACAAAUACUACGGAUCUUUUGUUCGGAA